AACAUUUGAGUCAUUUAGCAGACGUUAUUAUCCUGAGCAAUAGUGCUUACAUGUUCAUACUUCUUCCCCCCAAGAAUCGAACCAACAACCUCGCGCCAUGCGCUACCAACUGAGGUACACGGGACCAACUAACUGACAGACCAUGAGAGCUUCUCAACUUCUUCAUUCAAACAUAUAACUUUACAAAAGACUGCGAUUAUCGCCGAACUCUCCCGCGUCAUGUCAUUAAUCAAAUCAUGUUCGAUUUAUGUCUCGCCAAUUUCACAAACGUCGAUGGUUGUUUCAUUGAAAGUGACGUAAAUUGAAAGUUUAGUUAUCUAUUACGUUACUCUGUAUAUUAGUUAGUUCGCACCAGCGAGCUAAAACUGCAUGUGCCACAUGAGGAAAUUAUGCAAAUUAAAUGUGCUGUUUUACUCAGUUGGGUGAUAUUGCUGAAUAUACCCUACACGAACACGCGCAGCUACAUUGAUUAGCACAUCACCUUUUCAAUGUGAUGUUGGUGGCUAGUCCGGGACGUUGCUGGGCAACCAAACAUUUUCAAAACUAGAAUGUGUUUACUCCAACUUCCAUUUUUGGAUAGUUUGCGAAAUUGUAGAUUACACGUUUUCGGUAUCUUGCUAGUUUAUGUUACAUAAUAUCACUGGUACAUGCAGCACUGUAUCGGGGUAUCUUUCUAGUCUUUUUUAAAUUUCGCCUUGAUUUCCUGCACCCGUGCCUAAUUUGUCCAGAAAAAAUUGCUGCAUUCCACCUCAUGAUGAGCCAUCUACAUGGCAGAGCCUUAACAGAGAAGCAGAAUGUCCUGCAUGUUUUUAGCAAGCACUUCAAGUCUACAGAUAAAACCUGUAGCCCAACCAACAGAUCCACUCCACACUGCUGCUCUUCAAGCCAUACCAAGAACACAGAAGCACAAAACAGCCAGACGAACAAGACUAAACGACUAAAAACACGCAAGGAGAGGAGACAGGUAAGCAGAGGAGGAUCAAAUAGCAGAUCCCACCAGCACCAAAGCAGCAAAGAGAAGGACCACUGUCAUGGUUGCUGCCAAAGCUGCUCUCGCCUUCCUCCACGGAGAGAUGCCCCAUUAGCCCGCGUCUUCCCCGCUGGGCAAGAGCCCAGCAUCAUCACGAAUAACCGUCUCAUCGGCCACCAUGGCCUGUUCAACCAUGAGGUGAAGUCCAUCGACAUCGAGCGCCUGCUGAGUGAGCAGAGGAAGUUGGAGAAGCUUGGGGAGCGAGGCAAAACUACUGCUACUCUUCCUCCCCUUCCACCCUCAUCUUCUCUUCCUUUCUCCUCUCCUGGGCCUGAUUCAGAUGUGGGUGAAGUUGCUGUUCCUGACAAUGUUGAGGAGGAUCCAGAUAAAGGGAGAGUAGAAAGAGUAGUAGCAAAGAGUAGUACUAAGGCCAACAAGUGUGAUGAGUAUAGGUCUAAUUCAGAAAGCAGACUUUUUAAGUGUUCUCGUGGGGAUACACAAGAGGAUUUCAGAAGAAAUUUCACAUCUAUUCAGGUUUGUCUGGAGAAGAAUGUAGCCAGUCACUCUAACAGCCAGGAGUCUGGUAUCACACCAGGUCAGACACAUCAUAGCGGUCUGACAUCAUCAGAGGGCGGCGUAGUUACCCUAUCAUCCACAGAGAGUCCCUCACGUGUGGUUCGAAACAAGAGCAAGGGGCCCAGGCCUGUAGUCUGUGAAACACUGUUGUCACCCAGUGGAAAGAAUGAAAAUGAGAGACCACCUGACACAAGGGCUGAGGUUAUGCCUGUUGUCCUUACCAUGGAGCAGACCCCCAAAAACCAUGGACCUAUUCUCCCACACACAGAGCCAUUCAGGCCCAGUCCAAACAUCACAAUGUCUUCCUUCUCAGCAAGAGGUGGACGCAGUGAGAGCUCAGACAAUCAGAUGCAGCAAACUGUCACCAACCCUGUCAGUGUGGUAGCUGCGCGUCUGUGCAGGUCUCUGCAGCUGCCACUGCUCCGCAGGAGACACCUUGUGGCGGAAAGUAGGGAGGUGCUGCUGCAGGCCCUACGGGAGAGGCACGGGCUCCAGCUGCAGGAGAACCUACUCAACGUGCAGCGACGUCUCAGCUUCGGUACAGGACCCACCACAACCAGGGCCGGCCUGGGGCAGAGCACAAUCCUGGAAGGCGUAGGUGCAUAUGGAGGCUGGCCUGCAGCUCCAUUGGAUGGUGGUUUUGGAGAGAGCAUGGUGGAGCAUCCAUGCCUGGACACCCAGAGGUCAGCCCCCAACAAGAGGAGGAGGAAGCAGCAGCUAUGCCCCAACAGAAUGACCCCUCCUCAGCCCCUCAUUGGGUCGCAGAACAGCCUGGACACGGCUGCUGCAUGGAACCCCAACCCCAGUGUGGAGCAGGUUGGGGAACUGAUCGGAGAACUACUUAGGCCCGCUUCCUCCUCGCACUUCCUCAUGGACCUCCAGCCCUCUGGUUCCCCCUCUCGCCACCAUGUCUUUGCCCCCCCUCCAUCCUCACCUUGGGCAGCUCAAUCCGGUCUGCCUCAGCCCUGGAAUGACGUAUUCGACAGGGGAAGCAUGAGAGAGUCAACCAGGGUGGAUCACUUUGAGAACUGGAGGUAUGACCCAGAUUUGAGUUUUCUAAACCAGCCAGAAACAGUGAGAGAGAGGAGCAGUGAGCCUUUCUAUCAUGAGAGGAGUAUGCAGUGUUUCCUGCAGUAUCCCACAGGGCCAACAGAGGGACACAGAGACAGACACUUGCCACAGCAACAAGAUCCAUACGACAUUGAAAGAAGCCAUUUUGGUGGUUCUUCCUCAUCCUUUUCUGCUCCUACCCACUAUCCACUAGACAGUCAUCAGCUCCACCCUUUCUAUCGCUUCAACUGUCGCCCCCCAACCAGCCCUGUAAUCUCCAGGUCCCACCUUCCUGACAUGGCCUACUAUCCCCCCUCCCACAUGCUGGAGAGUGGCCUGUCCCCUCCUCUGCCACAUGGGUCCCUACCUGCUUUCCCCAGCCCUGAACGCUGGUCUUUCCCCCGAAUGAGACUGUACUGAUCCUCUGUGUAGUAGAGACAUGCAUAAGCACAAUGCUAUGUUGUUGAGUAUAUUCUAAAUGCAUACCGUCAAGUCCAAUUGUUUACAAUUACAACUGACUUGAUUUAUUUAUUUAUUGUUAUUGAAUACCAUCAUAUGAUGGGCAGAAAGACAAAGUGUCAUCCAGGAAAUGUUGUUUGUAUAUUUACAAAUGUAAGUUAAAUGUGUGAGAACAUUAUUUAAAAAAAAAAUAUUUCAUACAUUCCACAUACUCUAAAACUACUUCCAGCCUGGACAGUAAAAACACAAUUAUGCUGUAGAAAGGUAACAGCAGCAGAAUUUAUUUUUUAUUGCAUGAAUACUUCUAAUUGAAACAUGUGCAUGCAAAAACAUACAGAAGCACUAUAAGAGAAAAUGCAUUGCAGAACUUAUGCGGUAUGUUGUUUACAGACAGCUACAGUGGACUAGUCAACUAUGGCAGUACAAAAUAUCCAAGAAUCUGGCCCUUGUGUUUUUUUUGUGGCCAGUGGGCCUACUUAAAGUAUACUUUUAUUAUUUUUGACAAGCAGAAUGCUUUAGCACAGAUUAUCAAAGACAUGAAUUAGCAUGAAUGCAUUCUGCAGAGGAUUGUCUGCUGUCCAUGGGUAGAUCCCAAUUGCAUAUUCUGUCUCCUUCUCAAAACCCAUUGGAUGAGAAAGCCAAAGGUCCCCUCUGACCUUUUUCUCCAAUUGGUUUUGAGAAGGAGCGAGGACAUGAGGAGUAUACAAUUCUCCCCCUGUAAGAUGGACUGAAUAAAAUUAACCUGUAAGUAAAAUACUGUACACACUGUAUCUUAUAUUAAAAUCUAAUAAUAGAUCAUUAA